CACAAUAGUGUCUCCUUUCUCCUGAAGUGUACACUCGUUCACUACUUUCCACAGUAGCAUGGAGGGAGUUUCCACAAUAUUUAUUGUACCAGUAUUUCCUAUCAAAUCAGUGAUGGGAAGUGCUCAAAUUGACACUUUGGGAGUAGGUAGAGAUAAUUGGGACGUAAAACAGUUGUUUUCUUCAGUACUGUGUGUUUGUUUCUUUAAAACGGUUGCGUGUUGCAUUAUGGGUGAGGUGACUAACAUCACAUUAGCCAAUCAAAUGGUUUGUAUGCUGAUACGUUGUUAUGGAGUUAAAGUCAAACUGAAAACAUAGAAGACUGAUCAAACUUGGAUUAUGUUUGUUUAUAAAUUAUUGAACAUAUAUGAUAUAUUUUAAAACUUGUAUGAAAUAGCCAGCGAAUUUUCAAAAAAUAUGUGUCUUCUGAAUUGGCCAAGACUGGCUCUUUGCUCUUAACGUAAGAUUGCUUUUGGUCUAGCUAGCUACAUUAGCUAAGUAGCUAGAUAUCUAACGUUAGCCAGCCCUCUGUUCAGUAGCGAAUGGCCUCGCCCGAACGGUUGAGUGCAUUGCGAGAGCGCAACAAAUACUUGUUGAUGCAAUUGAGGCACCAAACCAAAAGUUUGUUGACUAUCACCGGCAGCAAAGGAAGCUUGGAGAAUGAUUCAAAACGGACAGUACAAAACAACACAACGAAAAAGCCAGGUCAGAAUAAAGAAAAAAGUCCCCAUACAGAGAACAUGGUGACCCUGAUAGAUGGUGACUUAGGCACUGCUAGGUCUGCUCUCAGCAAACCUACUGUACAGUUCAAGGAGAGAGACGACACGGAAACACAGACAACAGCACCACUGAGAACUGAAGGUGAGGCAGUGGAAUCUGUGAAUGUCACCCUCUGUCAGACCUCUACACCAUACCUUGUCACGGGAACCAAGCUUAAACCAGGCCAAGCUACAGAACACUCUACUGUUUACACAGGAUUUCUUCAAGACCAAGGCAAAGGCCGUCCUGCAACUCUUGUCAGAUCACUGGAUAUUAGGAGGCCCUAUACCAGUCCUAUUUACUAUAAUCAGGAGAAUGAACAGAGGGAGGUGGGUAAAUUCACAUUCCAAUCCUCUGGACUGGAGCAAACAUCAGCCUCCGACAGACAGCGUCUGCAGCCUUUACUGGGCUAUGACUGGAUAGCAGGGAUUGUGGAUGCAGAAAACUCCUUGACAGAGCACUCGGAGCAGUUUUUCAGUGAUCUGCGCACUUUCCGACAGGUCAACAGAGAUGAGUGUGUCCACAGCCAACAAGCAGGAUUAUCUGAAGAGGACCUUUCACCCCCACCAUUGUCAAUAGAGAAGGAAGACCAACAGCACACCAUGGACACUCACCAGUGUACGUUCUGUUACAGGAUCAACAGCCGACUGUUCCCAACCCCGUUGGAUUCUCAGGAGUCGUGCCCUGUGUGUAAGAAGCCCAAAUACAAAAUCCCCCACACUGCGGCUGAGCCAGCCUUUAUCAGGGUCAGCAUCCCGCGCUCCACACUGUUGCCAGCAUACAAGUACAAAGCCCAUCGGAGGUGUAGCUUCGACCCCUCCGACAGCCUGGGUCUACCAUCGCACUGUCUGUCAGGCUGGUCUAACACAGUCCCCAGCACUGGGCCCCAGCUCAGCAGCCUGGAUCUGAGGAGCUCUGUGGACACGAAGGCGGCAAGCUGUGGCGUCCUCUCUGCACAGCCACAGUCUAAGAAGUUUCUGGAUUUCUCAGUGUCCAGAGUGUCUGGCAGUCAGCGUUCUGACCAGCUGCUUGACGUGUCUCGUUUGGCCCGCUACCGUUUCCAGCGCCUGCCUGCCAACAGCAAACCACACAGCCCGUCCUACCCUGUGUUCUGACAACCUAACAGCACUAUAAAACCUGUGUAGUAUUAUGAUUUCAUCUUUUUACAUGAAUGAAAUCUUUAAUAAUGAUGACGAAUUAACCCUCAGCAGUUUUAACGUAGAAUUAUCAUUGUGCCUAUUGAAUCAUUAAUGUAUCGUAAUUUUCUAUCAUACAGUUAUAUAAUGUGUUAAGUGCUUGAUUUUCUUUUUGAUGAGGUACAGAUUUUAUUAAAGGUGCAAUAUGCAGAACUCGCUCCGCCAUUUCCUGGUUGCUAAAAUUCUAAUAGUUUAUGUGAUAAAACAAGCAAUUUAUAGUGUAGAUAAUCAUUUCACAGCGGUUUAAAGGGUUUGGUUAUUUAAAAUAUAUUGUAUUUUCAGCUGUUUGAAUCUGGUGUACAAACCCGAAAGUAAAAGAUACAAGAACGGGAAGCAUAGAACACACUGCAACUUUUAAGAUUGGUACCGAGAUAAUACGAUGUAAUUUGCUUAAAUAGUAUUACCAUCAAUUUACUUAAUUUCCAUUGUUAGGGUCGAUAAAUGAAAUUAGAUUUCACCUUGUUCUUUUUUUAUGAAUGCAUGUUGAUGUCUUUAGGGAUUUGUGGUGGUGAUGAUUGUGAUGAUUUCUGGGGCUUCAGAGGGACAAAUAGCGAACAUUAGUGUAUGUGUUGUGCAUACCUUAGAAACAAUUUGACUUGACUCAUAAAAUUUAUAAAUUGACAGACGGGAAUAAGACGGGAAUAAGAUUGAAUAAUCUUAAAAAGAAAACCUUGCGCCUUUCCUUGAACUGUUCCUAGGCCGUCAUUGUAAAUAAGAAUUUGUUCUUAACUGACUUGCCUAGUUAAAUUAAAAAUAAAUUACAAAUCAGACAUGAUUGCAUAGACCGAAGCUAUGGAGGUAGGGGUUUGCCUUUUAUCACAAAAUUGGAUAAGGAAUUAUGUUUUAAAAUCAACAUUAAGGUAUUUUUUGUUGUUAAGAUAUUCAAGUCUAUAUCAGAGAAGUGUUUUUGUUGAUGCAGCCAGCCUCUAGUGCUGUUAUUUCGUCACCACCUACAGGUAACUGUCAAUAUAAAGGAAACACCAACAUAGUGUCUUACAUGCUGACCGCUAGGGCCACCACGAGCCGCCAGAACAGCCUCAAUGUGUCUUGGCAUAGAUUCUACAAGUCUUUUUUAUUAUUUAUUCAAUUGGAGGGAUUUGAAACUAUUCUUCCACAAUAAAUUCUAUAAUUCGUUUUUUUGUUGAUGGAAAACGCUGUCUCAGAGAAGCGUAUCGGCCCGGGACUCGUUGGACAGCGCGAAUUUGGCGUGGGAGGCUGUGAAAAAGUUAAACGUUUCCCAACUUUAUCCACCAGCGGCGACCGCUAGGCGAUGACCAAUCAUAUCGAGUGGUUCCCAUGGCGAAUUAGAGGCUAUGCGACCCAAGCUGGAUACUUUCUUCAGCAACGUAUCCAGCUUGAAGGAAUUAUAACGCCAUAACGAAUCACGUAAAAGAAAAAUACAGUUGAGAGGAAUAUGUUAGUUAAUAUUAGAGACAAACGAUUAUGUAUAUUUUUUGGUCAUAAAGUCAAUUUACGAAAAUCGCUAUUUAUCAAACUAGCUGACUAGCUAACAUUAGCCAGCUUUAUGGGUGUUGUAACAUGAGUUUGAAAUUGUAAUUCUGUUUGUUUAAUGUUUUAGGGACUCAUGAAACAACCAGCAAACCACGCUGUCGUCUUGUGAAACAGUGGAUGUAAAGAAUGUAGCUGGCUAAAACAUUUACCUCAAAUUGAAUGUUUAAUUUUGUAAGCUUGCCUUGCUGAUGUUUGCCAUUCAAUGCAUCUGAACUAAAGUAGCUAGCUAACUAUUUUCUUGCUUAUUGUGCAGUGGAGAAUAAAAAUACCUGUAUGCCUGUGGAUGUGUAGCUAGCUAUGUAGCCGAUCUGUGUAUGGACUCUAAAACGUUUGGUAUACAUGUUAGUUCAGAACCUAGCUAUGAACCUCAGUUAUCAUAGACAGUUGUAUCAACUUCAGAACAGUCUGAAUGACAUUAAUGAAGCCUAUGGAUUGAGUAGAAUGUAAUAUAACUUUGUGCCAACGAUGAAAGGCGUAUAUACAUGUAGUUUUAACCAUGCAUGAGAUCCCCACAUUGUAGCCUGUAAAUGUAAUCUAUUCACUGAUCAUGUACUCUAGAUUGGCAAAUAAAGGUGCAGUUCAGG